CACACACUUUCAUACAACACGCUGAUGAUCGAGUCUAUUCCAGUAGUGAAGUGGACGGUGGCCGGCGAGGGUCAAUAUUAGACAGCUCCUUUGGACAACGCGAUGUCGUUCUGCUCGUUCUUUGGUGGGGAGAAAUAUAAGGAUCACUUCGAGAAUGGGUUUUACGUCUGCGCCCAGUGCGGGUACGAGCUGUUCUCCAGCCGCACCAAGUUUGAGCACUCGUCCCCCUGGCCGGCCUUCACCGAAACCAUCCACGAGGACAGCGUCUCUAAGUAUGUAGAGCGGCCCAAUGCUCUUAAGGUAUCAUGUGGGAAGUGCGGCAAUGGACUCGGCCACGAGUUUCUGAACGAUGGUCCCAAGAGAGGCCAAUCCCGCUUCUGAAUAUUCAGCAGCUCGAUCAAGUUCAUCCCUAAAGACAAAGUCGAUGGGGGAGCGGAUCGAGCUUAAAUUAACACCACAGCCGCCGUGACGCACGCGGAACCUUCCCCGGACGCUCCAUCGCCGGAUGACUCGGAUGAGGUAAAGCCGUCGCCGGACGUCUCAUCUGAAGAAAAACUACGCGAUGAUGUCCGAUGUGGUUCGACGCGUCUUUUUCGGAGUUGCCAACAUUGCACCCGCACCGUUCUUUACCACCCUCUCCUCAUAUCUGGGUCACAGCAACCAGUUAUUUCAUAUGGACCAUAAACGCCAGGAAUGGCAGUGAAGGGUUAAACGUAACUGGUUAAUUUUAAAGGGGAACUCCGGUGGAAAUUUCUUUUUUUUUUUUUUAAAUCAACUGGUGCCAGAAA